AUGGGAUAUGGGAAUGCCAUGGGAUAUGGGAAUGCCAUGGGAUAUGGGAAUGCCAUGGGAUAUGGGAAUGUCAUGGGAUAUUGGAAUGCCAUGGGAUAUGGGAAUGCUAUGGGAUAUGGGAGUUUUAUCGGAUACGGGAGAGUGAUGGGCCCUGCCCCAGUCCUUACAGCCCUCGUUCUUACAGCCCUGCCCUCGUCCUUACAGCCCUCGUCCUUUACAGCCCUGCCCCAGUCCUUACAACCCUCGCCCUUACAGAUCUGCCCUCGUCCUUACAGCCCUGCCCUAGUCCUUACAGCCCUCGUCCUUACAGCCCUGCCCUCGUCCUUACAGCCCUCGUCCUUUACAGCCCUGCCCCAAUCUGCCCUCGUCCUUACAGCCCUGCCCUCGUGCUUACAGCCCUCGUCCUUACAGCCCUGCCCUCGUCCUUACAGAUCUGCCCUCGUCCUUAUAGCCCUGCCCUCGUCCUUACAGCCGUGCCCUCGUCCUUACAGCCCUGCCCUCGUCCUUACAGCCCUGCCCUCGUCCUUACAGCCCUGCCCUCGUCCUUACAGCCCUGCCCUCGUCCUUACAGCCCUGCCCUCGUCCUUACAGCCCUGCCCUCGUCCUUACAGAUCUGCCCUCGUCCUUACAGCCCUGCCCUCGUGCUUACAGCCCUCGUCCUUACAGCCCUGCUCUCGUCCUGACAGCACUGCCCUCGUCCUUACAGCCCUGCCCUCGUCCUUACAGCCCUGCCCUCGUCCUUACAGCCCUGCCCUCGUCCUUACAGAUCUGCCCUCGUCCUUACAGCCCUGCCCUCGUGCUUACAGCCCUCGUCCUUACAGCCCUGCUCUCGUCCUGACAGCACUGCCCUCGUCCUUACAGCCCUGCCCUCGUCCUUACAGAUCUGCCCUCGUCCUUACAGCCCUGCCCUCGUGCUUACAGCCCUCGUCCUUACAGCCCUGCCCUCGUCCUGACAGCACUGCCCUCGUCCUUACAGCCCUGCCCUCGUCCUUACAGCCCUGCCCUCGUCCUUACAGCCCUGCCCUCGUCCUUACAGCCCUGCCCUCGUCCUUACAGCCCUGCCCUCGUCCUUACAGCCCUGCCCUCGUCCUUACAGCCCUGCCCUCGUCCUUACAGCCCUGCCCUCGUCCUUACAGCCCUGCUCUCGUCCUGACAGCACUGCCCUCGUCCUGA